CUAGUUCAGUGCCACCCCCAACUUUAGUGCUGCCAGAGUAACAGCAAAAGUGUGGCCAAAACGCACCCACUGCAGUGCAUUUUCAACAAAAAUAAGUUGAAACAUUUGCGUUGCAGCUGCAGCAAAAAAAAACAACAAAGGCGCAGGGCGAGACUAACGGGAGUUGAGGGCUACCCAGAUAAUUCAGAAAGAGAGCUAAUCCCGGUCCAGAUCAAGAUCGCAAUAUAAUCCAGCAUGGCGGAUCCCGAACGACAGAGCCUGCUCACCAAGGACGAUGGAAAUGGCUACAAUUCGGUGGCUGCCGCCGGCGAGGAGGGUGCCGAUAAUCCAGGCGGUUCAUCCUCGGCAGCCGUAAACAAUGAGGACGGCAGUGGAGCACCAACGGCCGUGCCGUGCAUCGGACCCGAUGAGCUGCCGCCGCCGUAUCAGCAGAGCAGCAAUACGGGAGGCGUACCAAUGGUCACCUGUCGGGUAUGUCAGCAGAUGAUUGACAUUACCACGAAGCGGGAGCAGCACGUGGUCAAGUGCACCCACUGCAAUGAGGCUACGCCAAUUCGAAAUGCCCCGCCGGGCAAGAAGUACGUACGUUGUCCGUGCAACUGUUUGCUUAUCUGUAAGAGCUCCUCGCAGCGCAUCGCCUGCCCACGGCCUAACUGCAAGCGGAUCAUUAACCUGGCUCCGAGUCCCGUUACCCCUCCCGUGCCCACUAUGCCAGGAAUGUGCCGGGUGACGUGCGGCCAUUGUUCGGAUACCUUUUUGUUCAACACGUAUCAUAAUGCUUUGGCCCGGUGUCCACACUGCAGGAAAGUUUCGUCGGUUGGAUCUCGGUUUGCCAAUAGCCGUGGAGGAUUAUUCGCCAUCCUGGCACUGGUGUUCCUCGUCAUUGGCAUUGGCGUUACCAUCGGCACAAUCUCAUAUGCCUCGUCUCACGGUGGCAUGUACUUCCUCUAUGUGGCGCUGUUCGUGAUCGCCGGUUGCUUGUUGGCCCGCUCCGCCUACUAUUUCCGCCUUAAAGUGAGCGCCAUAGACGGGCCUAUGUAAAGCUAAUGCUAGAACACGGGGCCAGCAGAAACGGAAGUGCAUUGUUUUAUUUUUAUUUUUAUACAUAUAUAUAUAUAUUAUGCAUAUAUAUCAUUCCUUUUGAUAUUAAAUGUAAUCCGUAAACUAAAAAUGUGCAGCCAAUAGCAAAGGGAAUCGAUUUCUCCGCAAAAA